AUGCGUACUAACUUGCAACUCGACCGAAGUUUCCAACGUGGCUCAUCAUCAACCACCCGAGAGAAGCAAAUUGAUUUCUUGGGGAGUUCGAACAAUCCCGACUUUUUCAAUUUUCUGCCGGAUGAGCCAUCCCAGCAGCGAAGUGGUAAUCGGAAGGAGAGUCGGUUUUAUUAUCCGGAUACUAGCGACGACGACUAUCGACGUCAACUAGAUCUAAGCUUGACUUUGAGAAAUCCGGAAAUGAGCGAGAAACCAAAGAAUGUUAUGUUUACUUCACGAGGAAUCGGCACUGGAGACAUGGGUGACAUUGAAUGGAUAUCUCCAAAGACCCAUGGGAAUGUCCCAGUUUUUGAACCCCAGCUAGAUCUGAGCUUAUCUCUGAAUCAUCUGGGAGCAUUUGGAAAAGACCAGCAACCCCAAUUCGGUGAGCCAGAAAGGCCGGCUAACACUAUGAUUGGAUCGACAUUUCCGCAGAAGGAAGAUGGGAAACGGCCAUCUAAAUCUCAGUCUGCUUAUGGAUCAUCAUCGACAACCGGCUAG